AUGAUAGCCAUUGUAUCCGCAGUUUUUCUUGCAUCUGUGCUCAUACAUGGAACCAUAGCACAGAGCUAUCCUCCUCCCAUUUGGUACUUUCCAUUUCGAGUGACGCUAGCCAAUGGUCAAGGAAAUGCGGAUCCGUCACGGACAACAAGUUUUGCCGAUAACGUUUUCGUUGAUAUUGAUUUGACUCAGCCAUUCAGCCUCAUGAGCUGGAUCUCUGUCUCAGACAUUGGCAGUACAUUCUGGCGUGCUGCCCUAUCUAUUGAAUCACCAGAUGCAACCUCUGCCCUGUUCAGAAUCGCGCUUCCACCAAAUCAAAUGAAUUUCAACGUUGCCUGGAUGCAAAGCGCACAGAAUCGUGGUGGAGCAAUUAAUACAACGGUGGUUGCUCCUGGGCCAAACGUUCAAUUCCAUCUGGCCAUGGUUAAAGACGGAAAUGCUAUUGCCUUUUACAUGAACGGGGCCCGAACGUCUUCUAUUUCACUUUCAAGUCAAAUUUUUAACCCGGCGAAUUUUGUUGCAUCCCAGAAACAAGUAGUGCUAGGAAGAACCAGGCUCGAUGGCAACACUGACAGGUCCCAAUGGAACGGGAUACUCCGAGACGUGUAUCUAUUUGACUUUGCUUUGGAUGAUGCGGAAGUUGAGGAGGAGUAUCAGGCAACGCUAUUGGAAUAG